GCCGUUGAAACGAAACGGCGGACAGAUUUGAAAGGGAUUACCGUUUUUACCUUGCCGUUACAGGUUCAAAAGGUCAUGUUUAGACUUCUAGUGACACUUGCAGAGUCUUCUUAAACAGGACUGUGUUAUCGCUGGUUUACUUCAGCGUUUUCCAUCAAUUAGAGUAAUUUUGUUUCGCACAAUUAUCGAACGGUCGCCGAUCUUGUUAUUCUCUUCAGCUGUCUUGACACAGUAAACACUAUAAUCUCCCACAACACUCAAUAUAAUUUUAGGAUAAAUGAAAGGCACUUCAACAUGUUGGUCUCAUGUUUGUUUCUUAUGUGAAUGGUGAAAAGUCCUAAAGGAGACAAUGAUAUUGUUGACAGAUAUUAUGAAGACCCAGCACGUGAUAUUUACCGUCUGAACAUCAAAAAGCCCUUUAAUCAUAGUUUUCUGACGUUUGGAAAUUCAUCAUCUCUUUCCGUUUACUCCAGCAGCGGCAACAACGGGGUUGUCGUUAAGAAAAACGUUUCGUUACGAAAAAACUCUUCCCAGCGGUCGAAGCUUUGUAUAAUUUUAUAGUAUGCAUAAAUUACUUGAAAAACUGAAUAUAUGUGGCUCCUGGUAUGUUUGGCUGUAGAAUAAAUUUCUUCGUGGUAUUUCGUUUUUUUGUGUGUCCAGUAUUCGGUAUUUUGGUCUGAAGUUUUAGUCAUGAGCUCUUCAGUGGCUGUCCUUGUGAAGAAGACUAAGUUGUCGAAGCCUAAGACGCCGGUCAGUCACCCGCCAGUAAUCAACAUGAUCAAUGCGGCAAUAAAUUUUUUUGUUCAGAAAUUAUACGCUCAACUGUUCGGCGAUAUAGUUUCGACAUUUCGAAAGAAUAACAGUUUCCCUAGUAUCUAUGUAAAUACCCGAAGUUCCCUUAUUUUUUCAGCGGCGACUCUAAUUUAUGGACGAUCUUUGAACGAAUCUUAAGCGAACUUGAGAAAUAUUAGCCAAUCAACAAACAGUCGGUAUAGAGUAAAAAUAUGUUAUACAAAACCAAGGAAAUAAAGUGGAUACACUUAUACGUGAUUCAAAAACUUGUCAAUGUUAGAAAGAGGUUCUAAGAUCGUAAUGCAUGCAGCAGAGGAAAUCAUCCAUACGGCUACAGAAUGGUCGGCCUCUGGAGCCAUGAUAAAGUCUCAAAAACUCUUUCAGCUUCGACCACAUAGCUUCAAUAUUGUUUAUGUGCACUCCGGUUGUUGGGUGCACAAAAUGCUACUUGUGGAUAACGACACGAUGCACAUAACCGAGCCUAUGUAGGAGUUUACACUCUCCAAACAUCCGUAUAUAUUGUAAUGCCUGGCUGCAGCCAGUGUUAUUGGUGCUUUUAUUAUGCAGUUCGCAAUAAUUUUCGUAAUUUGCCUUAGUUGGGAAUUAUAUAUGGGGUUUUCAUCACGAACUGACAUCAGCUAUAGUUCCAGAAAUUUAUUUAGCCAAAUGGAUGAAAGACUCGUGUUAAAAUCCGAGAUCUCUUAUCUUGUACCUAAUUAUUUCGCCCACAAAUUAUAGUCCCGCCGUUUUAUUUGUUAUAGCCUCUCUAUUAUCACGUUUUAUAUAAAAUUCCUUGUGAACCGAUCGUACGUUAGUAUUAAUCACUGAAGUUGGCGCCGUAACCUUGAAAUCUCUAAAACGCCUCUGAUAGGCUCGUUUAUAGAUUAGUGUCGCCGGAGAAACCUUAGUAAGCCUUGGGGAUACCUCACAUUGUCGUCAUCAUUCCAAAAUUCACUCCCCCUUUAACCAAAACGUUUAUAUUAACGGUUCGAUUGUUAUUAACAUAGUAUUCCAGUCAGACUAAUCUGGGUUUCCUUUCAACCUUCUGUACCCAAGUCAUGUUACUUGUUCACAAAUAAAAUUUUACACUACAUUAAUUUUCUGGUGAAUGUAUCUACCAUAGGUGCAACGUGUCUUACACCUUGGAAGGAAAGUCGCCGCUUGCACGUGUUGGUCAUUCAACUCAUGCUGUGCGCAUGAAAUGUGGGAACACGGGCAACCGACCAUUGGUUAUAAUGAUCGGGGGUGCAGAUGCUUCUGGAGUAUUUAAUGAAGCUUACAUUCUGGAUAUAAUAUCAUUUAUGUGGUACACUGUUGAUUUGGAACAGACAAUUGAUUUUCCAGGUUUGGGAAGGUAUGAACAUAGCAGUGCAAUUUUAAACAACCAGGUGCGUUGAAUUACUGCAGUUCAUGCACAUUUCAUAUUUACUCACAAAUCACUUUGGUUAUAAAGAAUUAUUAAUAUUUGGUGGUGCAACGAAAACAGGUCCUUUGAGUCAACUACUCCAUCUACAAAUUCAUUUUCUAUCAACGCCAGAAAAUCCAUCAAUUUAUGAAAAGGGCAGAAUCACUGCAAGCUUAACUCAAGAUCGCAUUCAUACUGAUAUUCAACAAUUCAUCUAUCAUCCCCGCACACAACACUCUUCUGUUUCACUAACUGAAUAUAAUCAACUCAUAGUAUUCUCUGGUGGGAAUGUUGGUAGUCAGCCAGUGUCAGAUGAUAAAGUUUAUAUGUAUGAUAGUGAAAUAAAUUCAUGGAACAUUAUACCAGUGGAAGGUUUACCACCUUGUUCACGAUUAGGUCAUUUAAUACUAUAUGAAUUUCCUUAUGAAUUAGCAAAUUCAAAUUAUGAACGUAUCCCAAAAGGUAAAAUGUAUAUACACGGUGGAAUGGUCAAUGAAAAACUACUUGAUGAUAUUUAUGUAUUAAAUUUUACUAAUCAAGUGAGAGAAAUUUAAUUAGAAUAUUAUACAAGAAAAUACUUUCUGUAUAUGUUAAUUGUUUAAUAAAGCAUAGACAAUAUUACAUUUUAAUAGUUUCAGAAAUAUUAUAUUUAACUGCUAGUCAAAAUACUCUCAUCUUCUGAUAAUAAUUUACACUUCAAAGGUAUAUGGAACAAACUAUAUCCGACUGAUAAAUUAUCACCACUCACUAUUAAUCACGAUAAUGCGGAAAGUGAGUGUGAAUAUUUGGACCCAAAAUGUAUUGAACUUACACAGAUUCCAUCUCCAAGUCCACGUGCUGCUCAUGGCGGAACAAUUUUAACAAAUAAAAUUUAUGAACAGGAUACCAGUAAAAUAUUAAUAUUUGGUGGAUUGUCAUUAAAUGGAGCGUUGAAUGAUAUGUUCUGUUUUGAUACAAGUUAGUGAAAAUGUUAAUGACCAUAAUAAUACUUAAAACUCAAUCGCAUAAACGGUGUAUAGGAUAAGCUUAUUGAAAAUUUAAAUACAAAUUCAAUGAAUUUUUUGGAUGGGUCUCUUUUGUUCUAAUUAACACGUCCAAAAGGAAUGAAUUAAUCACAUUUCGUGAGUCUUGUCAUCUAUUAUGGGUUACUGGCAAGCAAACUUUCAGAACGGAUUCUAAAAGCUGGCGACGUUGCUCCACAUACGGCACAGGAGAGAGUAAACUUUGUAGCAAACCCUUUUUGUAUUUUUGUAAGCCUAUAAAAUGAAAAUAUACGACAUGUGUAAAUGACAGUUUUUGAUCACAACUGUCUUUAGUCAAAUAUCUCAUUGUACCAAUGUGGAAUGUAUCAACUCAUACAUAUUUGUAUCAGAUUCUACUUUGACUAUGAGUGUCUUACUGCACCGAGUGAUGUAUUUCUAAAUGUUCCAUGUUCUGGUUUCGAGCGCUUAAUUUCGUAGGUACUAGACAAUGGACUGAAAUUAGAUAUGAGACUUCUGUAUUACCGAGUCCACGUUUAGACUUUGCUUAUUGUACAUUCUCAUUAAUCGUUAAAAAGGAUACAAAAGAAAAUUCACCGAUGAAAAUUAUAUUUAGAUCACCAAAAGGUAUUUAUACUUUCUAUGAUAUAUAUAUCACUGAGAUCUGUGUAUAUUUCCUGACAGUGGUAGAAUGAAUUUCAGUCUAUAGGUAUGAUCAAGUUAAUACAAUUACAUGAUUUCUAAGUAAUUACCAAUAUUUACCUAUACAAUUUCACUAAAAUAAGACUUGUGGUGAUUAAGUUUUGUCGUUAGGCUACUUGACAAAUGCAUAUUUGUGUGCUUGACUGCUAGCCAUACUGAAUGUGGGGUAGAGCAAAUGAUACCGUCCGUCUGACUCAAAUAAGAGUACGAAGCUCAUGUUUAGUGGUUGUAAGUUGAAUGUAUAAAUCAUUAUGUUUAACUUGACUUUAGCAGGCUAAAGUAUUUAGAUUUUGUGGUUGUUAGUAUUGUGUAAUUAAAUUAAUUAAUGGUUGUUUAUGUUAUACUGUAAUGAUUGGUUCUCAAUUUGAUUGUUAUCUAGUUGUAGAAAUUGAAUCACUGUGAAUAGGUUCCUGAAUUUUUAGAGUGUUUUACUUAAAUAGAUCAUCUAAAAGUACUCAGUUUCUUAGUAUUUAGUCUUUUGUGUUGAUCAAAUUCUGUUGGUCAAGUGACUCAACAUCGUUGUGUACACUGUUUCGGCAAAAAUUUAGUAGAAAGCACUAAACGCAGGACUUUUGCUAGUUGGCAAUCAUAAGCAAGCACGUCUAAAAUAUUAAAUGAACUGAAAAUCCUCUUGGAAUUCAAAGCUGCGUCGGAUAUAGUUUUUUAUUCUAAAGCAUUGCGAACAGAUUAACAAAUACGCCAAUCGGAUUUGUUGUAAAAUGACAAAAUUCCCUAAAAAUGCACUUAAAUAGCGUCAAGUAUUUUGUGUUCUUGUAAAGUCAUAUCUAAAGCCCUGAAAAUAUUUUGGAAUAUAGAUAGAACGGAAUAUGUAACCCCAUUAACUCUUAUAUACAAGUUACUUGGUGCAUAGUUUGAUAAAUGAACGUAAAUAUGUUGUGAUUUGUACUGUUAUGCUUUUGAAUGUAAAUGCACAUGAACAGUCCUACUGAUGAUUAUUGACUGGUUUAACAGCUAAAUUAACUUUCAACCAACAUUCCCUACUUUUUAAUCUCGAUGCAACAAUCAUGCUUCUAAUGGAUACAAUUAGUUAACUUAAUUCUACUUCAAAUGUUCAUAUUUGAAGUAAAAAUGGGAUACAAUAGACUGAUUUCGUUUGUCACCUAUCCAUUAAACUAUGUCUAAUACUGGGCGAUUUUCAACCCUCCGUAUAAAUCAUUUUCAUAUUUGACAACCUUUGUGUUUUGAAAUAUUUUUCCUGGUAACAGGAAUUCGAUUUCUUAAAUUGUUGUAUUUUAUUACUGUUAUUUUCUUCAGAUAAUCAAUAUUACGAUGAUGUCGUUAAUACUGAUGAGCAUGAAGAUAACAAUGAUAAAGAUCAAUACUGUCAAGAGUAUUUAUUUAUUCACGGCGGUAUGGAUACUCAUGGUUCUAUGUUUGAUGAUUCUUAUCUUAUUCUACUAAGUGAAUAUCAACUUUCUAAUCCACUAAAUGCUCAAACAAUUAUCCACCGAAGUUCUUCACAUGGAAAAUGUUAAUACUUGUUUGCAGUAAAUAAAAUAUUAAUCUGCAAUACAUUAUAAUCCCCUCAAUGCAUGAAAUUCCAAACGUCUAUAUGUAUUCCUACACAACUUCAGAAUAAUUAAAAUUUCAUAAAUAGCUUUUUUUUAAACUUUAGACAAUUGGAUGUUUCUGUUGACUAGGUAUUUAGGACAUAAUUCUAACUGGACAUUCUGUUCUAAAUAUGGAACUCAUUUUUUACCGUUCAUCUUUUUUAUUUAAAUAAAAUGAUUGAUUAUUCUACUCUUAUCUAUUGUUCUCCUGUUGUUCAUAGUUCUUAAUUUUAUUCUGUUUUAUAAGAUUGUAUAUAGGGUUUAUUUGAUCAUGGAUUUCCUAUUGAAUUUGAAAUAUGCGCAAUCAU